CCUCGCCCGGUUACUGCUUUAAAGGAGGAGAGAAGCAAGAGUGUACAUGCUCUGUCUCUCUUACUCUUGCUCUCUCUGAACCGACUGUCUUUGCGUACUUUGCUCCCAAAUUCCAACAUUAGGAGGGGAUACGCGAACGACGUUGUUGAUACGCAACAUACCACACGCGUAUACCCAACAAAUGCUGAAAGAAGAAAUCGACGCGACAAACAAAGGAACGUACGAUUUCCUGUAUCUGCGUUUCAACGUAGAGCGCAGACGCAACUUUGGAUAUGCGUUUAUAAACUUUUCCGACGUUGGCUUCGUGGUCACAUUCGCGGAAAAGUUUAUUGGCAAACGCUGGAACCAAUCCAACUCAGAUAAGCGAUGUUCCACUAAGUACGCAAACAUUCAAGGCAAGGUCGCUUUGAUUGAAAAGUAUCGCUACUCAACGGUCAUGCAGACCUAAAAUAUUUUACACGAGUGGCCGCUUUAUUGGGCAAGAAGAGCCCUUCCCGGAACCGGACACAACGCAAAUGUAUUUCUAAAUAGCUUCCUCAUACU